AUGGCGGAAACCAUCGGCUCAGAGAUGUCCUCGAUCACCGACAAAUCCGCCAAAAUCUUCGUCGCUGGUCACCGCGGCCUAGUCGGAUCCGCGAUCGUCCGCAAACUCCAUCAAUUAGGUUACACAAACCUCCUCCUCCGAACACACGCCGACCUCGAUCUCACCCGUCAAUCCGACGUGGAAUCAUUCUUCUCCACAGAGAAGCCUCUCUACGUAAUCCUAGCAGCAGCCAAAGUCGGCGGGAUCCACGCCAACAACACCUACCCCGCCGACUUCAUCUCCGUCAAUCUCCAGAUCCAAACCAACGUGAUCCACUCCGCUUACAUCCACGGCGUCAAGAAGCUGCUCUUCCUCGGAUCCUCCUGCAUCUACCCCAAAUUCGCUCCUCAACCGAUCCCCGAAUCCGCUCUGUUAACCGGAACGCUUGAACCGACCAACGAGUGGUACGCCAUCGCCAAGAUCGCAGGGAUCAAGACGUGUCAAGCCUAUAGGAUACAACACAAUUGGGACGCGAUCUCGGGAAUGCCGACGAAUCUCUACGGUCCUAACGAUAAUUUCCACCCCGAGAAUUCGCACGUGUUGCCUGCUCUUAUGAGGAGGUUUCACGAGGCGAAGGUGGGUGGAGGUGAGGAGGUUGUGGUGUGGGGGAGUGGGAGUCCGUUGAGGGAGUUUUUGCAUGUGGAUGAUUUGGCGGAUGCUUGUGUUUUCUUGUUGGAGAGGUACAGUGGGUUGGAGCAUGUUAAUAUAGGGAGUGGUGUGGAAGUUACGAUUAGAGAGUUGGCGGAGUUGGUUAAAGAGGUUGUUGGGUUUGAAGGGAGGCUUGGGUGGGAUAGUAGUAAGCCUGAUGGGACGCCGAGGAAGCUGAUGGAUAGUUCGAAGCUUGCUUCUUUGGGGUGGACGCCUAAGGUUUCGCUUAGAGAUGGGCUUCGGCAGACUUAUGAGUGGUAUUUGGAGAAUGUUUGUGCUGCCAAUAAGUGAUACAUGUCAAUCGGUUUCAUCACUACUAGGUGAUUUAUCUAUCUUUGAGAUUUAAGAACUUUUUUAAUUUGGGUUGUUUUGGUGUACUUGAGGAACUUACAUUAUCCGACGUGGUGAUGUUUGAUGCAACAUAACUCCAUGCUGUAUUAUUUAGUUUUCUUUUUAAGUAUUUGAAAACAAUUUUUGUAAGAAGUUAUAACAAAUAAAAACUAUGAUGA